GUGAUCAUUGCUGAACCUGGCCACCAUGCCUUCUCUUGUUCUCCUCAUUCUCCUAUCAUGUCUUACUCUGCAUGCAUGUGAUGCCCGCCGUCUACGGCUUUCUGAUAAGGCCGGGGAUGGAAAACAAAUUUACCAUUUCAGCAAGUAUGCAGAAAAAUCAAAGGCUUUUGAGACAUCAAUCACAUCAAGUUUGAGGCCUCCCGCCUUGGAGGAGUGCAUAUCACAACAACAAGAAGUCAAAACUAGUGGACGUAACAACAAUCAUGUCCACAGUACUCGGGGUGGCGUUCACAAGCAGAUCAAUGAUCCAAAUGCUCUUUAUAAGAAACAAGACCCGACAAAUGGAGCUACUUCAGGAAAUGAGAAUACUAAAGCACCAACAUCUUUCCAAAAAGAUUUGCAACUGGCGAGAAAUAUAAAGGGAUUGAAGAGGAACGUGCGGUCACUGGAGGGAUCUGUGCAACAUGAUUCUAUAGAAACAGCAGAUGUUCAGGAAAAUGAUCAGGCUGUGGAAGACAUUGUAGUGAUGGAUUAUGCGCAACCCCAUCGGAAACCACCCAUUCAUAAUGAAAAGCCCUAGACUCAGACAUUUUCCUUUUUGAAUCCAGAUUUCCUAUAAUUUUCUGCCCCAAAUAUCUUUUAUAAUUUGGA